CUUUGGGUGACUAAGGCCGACCAUUGGUGCUCCGUCUUAACUCGCGGGCCACACCACGCCAUUGCUUUGUGUUUACUCUUCACUUUUAGUUUCGUCUUAAAUCUUCUGUUCGCGAAACAGUAUGAAAAAGCCUUCAGGAUGGUUUGGGCACCUUCAACGUGUUGUGGUAUCGGCAGGAGGACAGCCAGUUACAUCAUAGCCUCCAUUACAGCCAUUUACUGUACAUGGGACUUGGUUAUGUCCAUUCACUACAUCUCCAACGGCCGGUUCGAUUAUGUGAUGAGAGAUAUGUGCAUGAAGUUGACAGAUGAUUCAUUCCAAGAUGGAUUACAAGACGGAAAGUGUUUUGAUGCAGCACACAAACCAUUUAUUGGACUAAUAUCAGCCCGACUGGUGAUGGAGAUCCUUCAUGUUAUCUUUAGCUUCCUCCUCAUCCAUGGCGUCAGAAAGAAUAUUCCACGUCUGAUGGUUCCGUACAUGGUGUUGAUGUUGAUUGCUAUCAUCUUGUUGACACUGACUACUGCAUUCUUGGUUGUCGUCCUCAUGUUCUUCAGCGUCAGGGCUAGCCUGAUAGCGGCUCUCAUCGCCGUAGUUAUCUUCAUCAUGACUUACUUCAACCUCGUGGUUCGAGCCCUUUACAAAGAGAUGAAUGAACCCUUGAAGAAUAACUUCACGGCACUGAAGGCCUAAAGGAAAGAAA